GUCACCUUCUCUGCCCUUUCGCACCUCCGCUUCCCCAAAAAUUCAUCUCCCUAUUCUUUCCGUUAUUCCUUCGCAUUUCCGUGCAAUUUCUCACUAAGCCGGAAAAUGUCAUCCCAACAACUAGUUGAAACACACAAGGAAAACGCCCAGAUAUACACCGACCCAUCUCUCUGCAAGGUAAAAUCAAAGGAACUUCUAGAGAAAAUCAAUCUUCCGAGGGGACUACUCCCCUUAGACGACGUCGUUGAGGUUGGCUACAAUGAAUCAACCGGGUUUGUUUGGCUGAAGCAGAAGAAACAGAAGCAGCACAGAUUCAGUGCGAUAAGCCGCAACGUAAGUUACGACACGAACAUCACGGCUUUUAUUGAGGACCGUCGAAUGAAACGGUUGACAGGCGUCAAGAGUAAGGAGCUUUUCAUCUGGGUAACAAUUUCUGAGAUUUCUAUUCAGGACCCCAGUUCGCAGAAAAUUACUUUUGCUACCCCAACUGGGAUUUCCAGAAGCUUUCCGGUUUCUGCAUUUGAGGAGGAAGAAGAGGACAAGAAUUAAAUUUUAGAAGGGUGCAAGGGCUGGGAGGGGUUGGAAAUGUUAUUUGGGAAUAAUUAAUUUUGUUUGUGAUAAAUUGAUAAUAUGUGUUUGUUUAGUGGUGUAAUUUCUAUUUUGACUUUGUGGUAUCCAGUUAUCAAAAAAAAAAAAAAAACUUUGUGG